AUUGGUCCAGCACAGUUUUAACCUGGAUGUAAAUUUUGUUUGUGCGAUUUUUAAAAAAGUAACUUUUCGUAGUUUUCAUGUCAUUCCAGCGUCAUUCAUAAGAGGUUGUGACUUGUUUGUCUUUUUCUUACUUACUAGACUAAGUCACACGCGUUGUCAUAGUGCAUUGAAUUAGAUCAGCUACACUAACCAACAAGCUGUGUUGUAGUCAGCGAGAAUGGCUGGAAUUGCAGCCACAAAUGGGGCUAACUAGCUAAAGAUAAACUAGCCAGAACUCUGCCGUAGUAGCUAGACUAUAUAGGCAGUGCCACUAAACGGUAUAGGUAUAACGGGUCUUCUAACUUUAAUAGAAUGGAGACACCAAAUACGUUAAAAUCCAAACUCGUAUACCAUACACCAGAUGGUUCAGAACAGUCCAGUCGUUGUGGAUCCAGGACACGAACGCCAAUGAGUGCCUCACUAAAGGAAAGACUGAAAAGAACUAGACGGUCCUUCAACUCUCCGUUUUCUGUGGCGAAACGACUUAAAGUGGAUUCAGACGAAGAGGCGGUGACGACCUCAAACAAAACAGGUGUUAAGGAGUGCGCAAAAACAAGCGUGACUGAUGGAGUGGACUUGAACCGAAAUCAAAUCAGCGGAGCUGAGAGCGCCUUGUCCCCGGGCGACCACACGCAGAAUCCACAAAUCGACCUCUUUCACCUUCGAGAAAAAUUAAAGAAAGAGGUCAGAGAUAAGACCGAGAAACUUCGGCGGCUGAAAAUGGCUCAAAUGUACAGAACAAAGAAUGACAUGACCCAGCUCCAGUCCCUGAUCGGGAAGUGGAGAAGCUGCAGCCAGGCAGUGCUUCUCGAGCUGCAGUCAGCCAUGCUCGUGGAUGGCAGGAAGGCCAGCAUUUCCCAGCUGAUUGACCAUUUCGGAUUGGAUGACGCCAUACUGCACUUUGACCGCACAGAUGACUUCAGAGACUCAUAAAUCUCACUGCGGUCUUGCUGUUCUCUUGACCUUGUUAGCUCGAUUUGGAAACGUUGCGAAUUUGCACAAUUUGUCUGUAGUGUCGGCGUAUUUUUUCAAUUGGGCAAUUCGAUAUUCGAUGUACUAUAAAGUAACAUACUGGCA